AUGUCUGAACAGUGCAGUAAGUUAGCUUAUCCAAGCGCAAUCAAGAAAAGGGUUGAAGGCGAUUGGAAUUGCCCUAAUUGUUUAAAUUUGAACUUUUCCUUCAGAAAUAUUUGCAAUCGUUGCGGAUAUACAGACCAGCUAAUGCCUACAUUCAAUGCAUUCUUAUACAUGAACGCACCUUCUUUGGAGGAAGCCUCAGCUUUAUCAAAUGAUGCAGGAAAUCCUCCACCCAGGCUUGAUAUUUCUCAAUUGCCCUCUAUUUCUCCCUUUUUGAGAGAAAAAUAUCUUCAAACCAGAAUUGAGAUCAAUCCUGUGACCAAGCGUUUAUUAAAAUUUGAAAACGAAAAUACAACAAAUGAUAAAACAAACGAAAAUACGCCAAAUUUCAAAGCUAAAACAAAGCCAAAGCAGCAAAGAAAAUCUGGUACAUUGCCUGUUCAUAUUAAAAAACCUGCUAAAGAAAAAGAGGGGGAUUGAAUAUGUCUAAAGUGCAAUAAUUGAAAUUUUGCUUUUCGUUCAGAGUGCAACAUAUGUAAAGAAGCCAAAGAGAAGUAA